GUUGUCCAAGUGAUCGCAAGCGAAUACUUGUUUGUCCCUCUGUGUUUUAAUUGAAUUUGUAUGGUGCCCGGCGAAAGAACACGCGGUUUAUACUUAGCACAUUUUUUGUUUUCUUUAUUGCCUUUUUUAUUCGAGUAUAUUUUCUUUUAUUUAAAUUUAACGAGUUUCUCAUUAAACAACCGAUUCAAUUUAAUGAGACCUUUUUAUUUGUAUUUGUCAAUUAGUUAAUUUUCUCAUCUACAAUACUGUUAAAUUGAUUUUGUUAUUAAUACUUUUUUAUCGGCUAUUAACUGCCAUUGUUGCGGGGCUCAAAGAUAACACCUACAUUUAUUUAAAAGGAUAUCAUCAUUAUUGAUUUCAAGCGGAGGAUCGUCUAUACAUAUUUCGACCAUUUCAGUGGCACACAUAAACCGCAAACGUACCCGGCUUACCAGAGGCGUGCCAAGCACCGAUAUUAACACGUGAAGUCAGCAUAAAACUAACCGGCAGCGCAUUUUCUUCCACCGACAUGGGCGAACGUUUGUAUAGUUGGCCGUGUGACAGGGCUGGAAAACUACCGACCGCUUACUAUGCGCCGGCGCAGACUCAGUCACAGCCACAAAUUUACCAGCAACAAGCUGUAUCUUUGCCAUCGGGCGUACUUUGUGCGGAUUUCAGCAAUUCCGGCGUGGGUCUAGCUGGGGGAUUGCGCUAUUACAACAGUAACGGAUUGGCUGGGUAUAUGCAGCCACCAGGAAUGCUGCCUGGGAAGUACGCCAGUAUUCCUACCCAGUUGGAGGUGUGCCAGCAUGCUCAUAUCAAUGGCAGCGCUUCCUGCUUCAACCGAAGUCGCUAUAUGCCGUACAAUCACAAUCGCUCCUGCGCGGCUGCAGCGGCUGUUGCUGCCGUACCCGGCCAUCCGUUGCUGCAUAAUCAUCAGCAGCAGCAACAGACGUAUCAGCCAUAUGACUCCAUCUAUCAGACGAACAGCAUGUGCCCUCUCUCCCUGCCCAUGGCCUCGUCGGCAGCUCCGCCCCCUAUCAGCGCCUCCGCCAGCAGUGCCACGGACCACACCAGCGUGGUCGCAAACAGUAUCUCAGGCACUGAUUUUGGCUACGCCAGCAGUCUGAUCGAUACAAUGGCGCCCAGCAUGGUGGGUCCCCGUUCUAGGGCCUUAGCUUCCACAGUGGCCCCAAGUGGCAGUAGCAGCAAUGGGGAAGGGUCUGGUCAGACCUACGCCACAAUUACCGAUCCCAGCGAUGCAGUCACUCUGCAAAUUACCAAUCUGGACUACUCACUGGAUGAGUCAAGUCUGCGUAACUUCCUUAUGAACCAACUGAAGCCCAUUACGCCGGUGGUGUCGCUGAUCUUUGAGGGCAGCUCCUAUGCCAAGGUCACUGUGCCGGAUCUUUACUUUGCCAAGCAGGUCGUGUCCAAUUUGCAUCGUAAGAAGAUUGGGCACAAGCGUAUGCUGGUCAGCUACACUCGCGACUCUUCUCUGACCGAGGUCAACACGUUGCGUUGCCAAGUCGCUGGACUGUUGAAGGAUGUUCCGUACUAUACACUGCCGAUGUAUAAGUUCCGAGAGCUUUUCCAGUCGCGCUUUAAAACCUCAAUCAGUGUUCUGGAUUUGUACAAAAUGCAGGACAUCUGUACCAUCAACUCGGAUAACAAUGAGGAUAAGUUUAUUAGUCUUCAGCCAGAGCUCGUAAACACCUUGGAGAGCUCACCUCUAAUGGAGGGACUGCAGCACAGUGUCCCUUAUUGCACCGUUCACUUCAAGAAGGAGCAGCACAAGGGAUGGGCAGAGCAAGAUAUUGAGCCGCUGCCCAACGUAUUUAUGACUAUUUCAGAGAUCCAGAAGCUCAUUUAUCCGCUUCUCAAGCAUCAUCCAGGUGACAUACCCGUGGCCACCCUUCUGCAUUGCAUUGAGGACCAGCUGAAGGUGUCGAUUAUGGCUAACGAAAGCGGCGUCAACCUGGAGCACUUAGUCUGCUGUGUUCAGGGCAUACAGAUACAGGUGAAUAACUUCGGCAUUAAGAUUCUAGGCUGGUUGGAGCUGAACAAGGAGAUGGCAUCAUCGAUUGGAGCCAUCUCGUGCAGCUCGAAUUUGAGUAGCUUAAACGGCAGCGACCGUUCGAAUGUCUCGGGCGGAAGCUACUUUAAGAACUCUGUCGCUGAUCCGCUUUAUCAGAUUUCGCGCGAGGUUAUCGAACUCGUAAAGAUGUCACCAAAGUCGACGAUGAAGUUCAAUCGCUUUAUCCCGGCAUAUCACAAUCAUUUUGGCAAGCAAUGUCGUGUGGCGGACUAUGGCUACACAAAGCUCAUUGAGCUCUUUGAGGCACUGUCCUCCGUAGUCCAGAUCAUGGGCGACGGAGAGAAUCGCCAGAUAACUCUUACUCAUCGCACUCAGAUACGCAGAUUCACGUCCGACCUGUUGCGGAUCCUACGAGCUCAUGGUAAUAAUUCGGUUCUGCUGUCCCAAUUGCCGGGCAUUUUUGCUCAGACCCAGAGUCGGAAUUUCGAUGUAACUGACUAUGGAGUGUGCGACAUUGUGGACAUUCUGGAUGGCCUAGUCAACUCCAAUAUUGUGGUCUUGAGCUCCGUGCAGCAGGGAAAGGACAUUCUCAUUUCAAUGCCGAAGCGCAAGCAGACGAAUAGUGAGCUCGAAAAAACAUGCGUUUUUGCGGGGGAAAUGGUGGAGCUCUUCCAGAAUUCCCUCCAGUACACAAUACUGUUUCAGAAGUUCGUACGUUCGUAUCACUAUCACUUUGCAUACCAGUGUCGUCUCAGCGAUUACGGUUUCCUGAAGCUGGCCGACCUCAUGGACGCCAUUAAUGGUGUAGUUGAAAUGGAGUUGACCGGUGAUGAGGACAAGAAGAUCCUACUCUCGCCAAAGGUGGCCAGGCGUGUGUUUGCUGAGCAGUGCGAGGACCUCAUACGGAAUGUCACUGGUAACUCCACGAACUGCAUGAAACUGGAGCAGGUGCUAAAGUUGCACAAGAAGAAGUAUGGCUACCAGAUGCAGCCGCAGACGUUAGGGGUCUCGGAUAUAACCACGGCCAUUGAGCAGUUACCCUAUGUAGAGGUACAACACAAGGAUCAGGACACUUGGCUGAUUUGCCACAAUGAUGAUCUGGAAUUCCGUCAGCUGUGUUAUCGGGCUUGUAAGCAUAUUCUGCAGCGAGAGUCUGCAGCUCCAUCAGCUACAAGUAUCCCGAAAGGAGCCGUUGAGUCUGUCUCCUCAUCAGCAUCGCCAGCCCUGGAGCCCUUGCCUAAAGCUCAAUUCAUAAGCGAAUUCAACGCAAAGCACACGAUCCAGCUUACAGAGACUGCUUUGCAUGCCAUGCGACAUACCAUCGAGAUCUACGAUGAGAAUGAUCAGCAGUGCGUUCGCCCUACCAGCUUCAUGAGGUUUCUGAUGUCGAUCGUCCGAAUGCUGGAACAGCGUCCCAGCAUGUAUCUGUACGAAAUCAAGAGCGGACUGGACUGUGGUCUGAGCACAACUUUUGAGUUUGGAUUUCCCAACUUAUAUUCGGUGGUGGCUGCGCAUGAGGAUCUCUUUACGAUUAACAAGGGACCCACUCAGGAAAGGAGCGAUGUGUCACUCAAUGUGAACUGCGCAUUGCGUCUCAGUUCAGGAGUCAGUCAUCAGCAUUUGUUCGGCUCCCUGAAGUUGCCCUAUGCCAAGCACAAGGCGCAGCGCACCUACCGUACUCCUCUGGGCGAACACAAUCGUCCACCACCUGCUCAGGCACCACCGCCACACAAAACACGAGCGAUUGCCAAUGAAUAUGCGAACAGUGUGUCCAGUACAUCCAACGCGUCCUUCAAGCCACAGGUAAACAGCUUCCAGAACUACCAGGAGCAGUAUACAACAACCACAAAAUGCUCUCCACCGAGUGCGAACUCGUCGUUGCUGAAUAGUUUUGGAUCGAGCGCGGGAAACCUUAGCUUGUACAACAGCUGCUGCAACAAGGAGAACUCCCUAAACUCCUCCCUGCAGCUAUUUAACAGUUCGUUCAACUCAUCUGGCGACCUAAACGUCAGCCUUGGAGCCGGAGACUUGACCAACAUUACAUCCAGCACCAUAAUGCCAGGCACUCUUCAUGCGCACUCGUCGGGCAAAUUAUGGCAUCGCCGUCAGGCUAGUUUCUAUCCACAGCAGAUGCAGCCUCCACUUCAACCUUCCGUUAUGCAGCACUCAGUGAAUGCAUCUGGGGAUCUAUAUGAUUUAGUUAGUUAUACUGUCGCGCCGAUAGGCUCCAUCUUUGAGUCAGCAAAUCCUGAUACGCACCCCGCAGAGAAAUUACCUUAUUGGAUCGAUCCCAUUUGGAGCAAUCAAUCGGAACAGAAACAGCCCAAUCAAAAUGUACUCAAUAUUCGUCUUCCCGAGCUAAAGUCGCUGAAUGUGUUGCCCAUGCUGCUGUCCCCAUAUACCAUAUCUAAAAAUGAGAACAUGAAGCGACAGCUAUUUAAUUUCGAUAAUCAUGACCGUAAAAUAGCUUAAUAAGGCGGAAGCACCAAGUUUCUGUCCUUUUCAUAAAGAUAAAUAUUUUUUAAUUUAAGCGCCUUCUGUCAACAUUUAACACUGUGGCAUUUAACAUUGUAAAUCAGAAAAGAAAGACAUCUAGAGCGAGAGGGGGGAUCAAGUAGGACGGACUCCAGGAGAGCCAACGUUAUUAGAAUCCCAACCAAAUGCUUCGGAUAUUUGCUGUCGCUUUUUAUUUUAAGCGCUUCAAUUAAAACUUUUUUUAUAAAUCGUUAAUUAAAACAGAUAUUUUGUAUUAGCUGUUAUGAACAUUAAUUAUAAUUAUUAAUUUUUUCAUUUGUUUUGUAUACUUUAUUAAACUGCAUUCUA